UGAGCGUCAUCGCAGCGCAGCGCUGGCAGCGUCGACCACGGAAACGGCGGAGCGGCGGAAGUUACCUGGAAAGCAUGGAGGACACCUUCACCCCUCUGGACUGCUUGCUGCCAGCAGGAAAACAGAAGAUCUGCUUAUUGAUCCUUAACCAGCCACUGGAUGCAGACUAUCUACACGUGCUUUGGAAGAAAGCCGUGAUAAGGGCGUGUGCAGAUGGCGCGGCCAACCAGCUGUACCGCGCCACCGACGGCCACAGGGACAGCUUCCUGCCUGACUACAUCAGUGGGGAUUUCGAUUCCAUUACGCCUGAAGUCAAAGCUUUCUAUGAGGGAAAGAAGUGCAGACUGAUCGAAACGGCAGAUCAGGACCUGACUGACUUCACCAAGUGCCUGGUCAUCCUCCUGGAGGAGAUUAAGCAGCGCCGUUUGCAGGUGGACACAGUUGUGACCCUUGGCGGCCUGGCUGGACGCCUGGACCAGACCAUGGCCUCCAUCGAGACCCUCUUCCAUGCGCAGAACAUGACGGAGCUGCCUAUCAUUAUCAUCCAAGGGUGUUCCCUGGCUUACCUCCUCCGGGCGGGCGUGCGGCACCAGCUGGACGUCAACACGGGCCUGGAGGGGGAUUGGUGCAGCCUGAUUCCUAUAGGGGGGCCCUGUGUGACCAAAACCACGGGACUCAAGUGGAACCUCGAUGGUCAGGUGCUGCAGUUCGGAAAGCUGGUCAGCACAUCCAACACUUAUGAGGCCCACGAUGCAGAGGAGGACAGGAAGCUUGUGACGGUGCAGAGCGACCGGCUGCUGCUGUGGAGCAUGGGGAUUCACAGGAAGUAGCCCGAGAAGCAUGGGGAUUCACAGGAAGUAGCCCGAGAAGCAUGGGGAUUCACAGGAAGUGGCCCGAGAAGCAUGGGGAUUCACAGGAAGUGGCCCGAGAAGCAUGGGGAUUCACAGGAAGUAGCCCGAGAAGCAGACACAGGGAGCAAGAACAAGUUCAGUGCUACGUGCCUUCAAUUAUGAUUCACGCAUGCGUGUUUUAUUAACACAGCCAUAUAUAAAUACAAAUUUUAUAUUUUAAAAAUUGUAAAAGAUAUAUUAAAAAGGUUUGUCCUCCAUGUAGCCAGUCAUCCAGGCACCAAACCACCUCUGAAAGACAAAACCAAGAGGAGUUAACAUCCAGGCCAAAGUGAUUAAAUGAGACAUGCACACUACAUUAACUACAGCUGGUUCCUCCAUCAUUUAAAUGCACUUUUUCCCCACAUGUAAUUUUAACCAGAAUCUUUGGUCCAGUUAUCACACUUAUGCAGGAGAUAUCAGCAGUGAUACAGUGGAUAAGCAUCCAAGUCAGAAAGUGCACAGCACUGUUCACAUCACUGCAGCAUGUGUGUGAUUAAAGAAAAAAGCUAAUUCUUUGUUAAAACCAUGUAAGGUUUUAAGGCCACAGCACCAAACCUGAAAUGGAAAACUUCAACUCUUCCAGCAAGAAAGUGAGAGUGAGAAGAAUGUGUAACGCUGUAGCCACACUGUUUAAUAAAAAAUUAUAUUUGUUAAACUAAA